CUCAUCACUCCCUUGUAACAACAUAUGAUAAAGCUGGCGCAAAGCCGCGGCUUGCGUUACACACGCUCAACAAUGUCGUUGAAAGCCGCCCCCUAUCAUGUAUUUGUCUUGUGUUGUACUUUUAUGUCACUACAAAGCGUGCACUCAGCAAGAUGGAUUGGCUCGGACAGCAUAGAAGCGUCCGCAGCUGCCGCUGAUGUUUCACAGAACCCUGCUCAACGACAAGCCCCGGAGCUUCUAGCAGGGCAUGUAGAGUACGAUUUGGGCACGAGGACAUUCAAAUUCAUCAAAGCCGUGGUCAACGUGGACAAACGCAAACCAGGCCCCGACCCCGGUCCCGACUUCUCAUGUCCCAACGCCGCGGCGCCCGCCUGCGGCUCUUUCUCCGACCCUGCCCGCCACCGGAGCAACUUUGGGCAGCUGCGGGUGACCACCAACGCCGCCUUCCCGGAUGAGAUCCAAAUGCAGGCCGCCGGCUUCCUGGAGGGUUACCUCACAGCGGAGCGCAUCUUCGACUACGCCUACAACAUGAAGGCCUGGCUGUUCACCCAGACCAACGACUCGUUCGCAGUGGGCGACUGGCUGUUCGCUCAGGACAAGUGGACGCGGCAGCAGGUGGCGGCGCACGCGGCGGCGGCGGCCGACACGGCGGCGGCGGAUGCGGCGGCCACGAUGCACUCGGGGGUGGGCGCAGCAGCAGCAGCUGGUGGUGCUGGUGCUGGUGCUGGUGGUGCUGGUGUAGUGGGAGGGGAGCGGGCGGCUGGAGCCGACCAGCAGCAGGCGCAGCAGGGGCAGCAGCAGGAGGGUGGUGAGGGGGCGGGUGAGCCGCACCGCCGGGCCCAGGGGUCGGAUGCGCCGCCGGCCAGCGCCUCCGCCAACUACUGGCGGACCAUUGGGCUGCUCACGGCGCAGGCCGACGGCCUACUGGCCGGCUACAGCGCCCGCCUCGCCGACAUGCAGCAGCAGCAGCAGCAGCAGCAGGCCACUGCUGCCUCCUCCUCCGCCGCCUCCUCCCCCGCCUCCUCUGCGCCCCCGUGCGACCGGCUGACCAAGUGGGACUUCCUCAUGCUCAACGCCCUGGGCGACAUGGACGACCUGAUGGCCAUCAUCUUCCCCAGUGACCGCGACGGGGGCGACAUGGAUGACUACGACGACUCGGCCGUAGCAGCAGCAAUAGCGGCAGGCGGCAGUAGCACUGGUGGAGGCAGUAGCAGCAGUGCCGCUAAGCGGCGGCCGGUGCGGACGCCCAACCCGGAGCGGGACGCCUCGUUCUUCUUCCGACCUGAGAGCCCGGAGGAGCGGCGGCAGCGGCUGCGGGUGGCGGCGGCGGAGGCGGCGGAGGCGGAGGCGGGGCUGACGGGGCCGGUGCCCCGCACCCGCACUGCCUCUUGGGAGGGCCUGAGUCCGGGCCAGGUGCGCAGCCGCAUCGCCAAGAGCGGCCGCUGCAGCGCGCUGAUCAAGGUGACGCCCGACCUGUCCGACAUCCUGAUGGGCCACGUGACCUGGUGGGGCUACGCCUCCAUGCUGCGACUCUACAAACACUACAGCUUCCGCCUCACCAGCGUGCGCCCACACAACAGCGGCGGCGGCGCGGACGGAGGCGGCGCGGACGGAGGCGGCGGCGCCAUUGACGGCCGCAUCUCCUUCUCAAGCUACCCGGGCCAGGUGAGCUCUGCGGAUGACUGGUACCUGCUGGGGUCUGGUCUGGUGGUGACCGAGACCAGCCUGGAUAUCUACGACCACACCCGCUACAACGCCAGCUACGGCACCGGGCCGGGCAGCCUGCUGAGCUGGCAGCGCGCGCUGGCGGCCAACCUGCUGGCGGAGGACGGAGCCGGCUGGGCGGAGCUGGCGGCGCUACACAACAGCGGCUCCUACAACAACCAGUACCUGAUCGUGGACCUCAACCGCUUCAGCCCGGGCCAGGAGCUGCAGCCGGGCCUGCUGACAGUCAUGGAGAUCAUACCGGGCCUUGUGGUGACGGCCGACGCCACGUCCGACCUGGAGCGCGGCCACUGGCCCUCCUACAACAUCCCCUACUUCCCACAGGUGUAUGAGGCCACGGGCUACCGGCGCCACGCCGCCGCCCUGGCGGCCCGCGGUGCCGACUACGCCGCCGCCGCCGCCGACCUGAGCUACCAGCUGUCGCCGCGGGCCAAGAUCUUCAGGAGGGACGCGGCCGGCGCCACCGACCUGGCCUCCCUCCGCGCGCUGCUGCGCUCCAACGCCUUCGGCGCCCGGCCCGCCGACCCGCUGGCUGCCGACAGCCCCUGGGAGGCGCUGUGCGGCCGCGGGGAUCUGGAUCCAGAGGACCCGGACGUGUACGGCUGCUACGACGGCAAAGUCACCAACUACCGCCGCGCACUGGCUCUGUCCGCGGACGCCAUCAACGGCCCCACCACCUCGGGCGGGCAGCGCCCCUUCGCCUGGGCCGACCACCCGCGCUUUGAGCGCAUCCCACACCGCGGCAUGCUGGAGGUCUUCGACACCGCAUGGGAGGAGCAGGCGCCAUGAGCAUGCAUGAGCGAUAGAGGAAUGGGCGGAUAGGCCGGCGGGUGUGUGAUAUAUAACUUUAACUUAUUUGAGUGCGCGCGCGUUUUACUGCGUUUGCGUUUUUGAGGGACCUAAACCCCUGCAUGUUGGGCUUUGGGCAGCAAACGCAGGGGCUAUUUAUGUUCAUGCGCUGCUAGAUAUGCUGCUUCGGGUCUGGUGACUGUUCAUGUCAGAGAGUGUAGUGACGGGAACGGUUUAUUGGUCUCGGGUACUGGGUUGGGAAAGCGACGGCGUGCAUGCUGUGCGUGGGACCUACUGCUUUCAAGUCAGGCUUGACGAGUCGGUUCAGCUGAUGGCAUACGGUGCUGUGCCCCGCGCCUUGCGGGCGCUUACACCUGUCUGACACGCCAGAACCUACCAAAACAAGUGCAAGAAUGUGCGUAUAAGUGUGCGAUGAUGACGGACCGAGAGCUGCACAGAGCCGUAGGGUCCUCCAUGGGCCUCUGCCUCACACACUUCAGUAAACUGUCAUGGGUGUGGUCACGCAGAGCCUAGAGACGUAGCGAUUGGACACAAAGGGGCGGAGCGAACCGGGCUAGUGUGCAGCACUUCUGCAGGUCUAAAACUGAUGGAAUGAUGUGCCGUUGUGCGUGGGCUUGGGCAGAUGGCUGGGUCUGUGUCUCUGUGAAAGACGGAUGCGUGUCACGCCCCAGUCAUGUUUUGCUCUAGAGCUGCCACCGGCUCGUCGGCGUGUGCGACAUCAGUCGCAACAUGGUGCGGGGGUCGGACCAGCCCACGUGGCGUUGAACGUCAAGCAAGUGCGUGUGGGCACGCCUGCGAGUGCACGACGACACGCGGACACACUCGAGUCACGUGCACCACCUGCGUGUACAGCAUGUAGUGCAGGUGUAGGGCCCUCAUCUCCACCACCGCCACUGCCAUUGCCACUGGUGGCUGAUACCGGCACCGGCACCGUUUCCGCCCCUGCAGGCCUGCAGGCAGGCAGGGUCGCAGGGCCGCGGCGUCGGCCUGUGGUGGUCGCCCGAUGCAUCUGCCAGCUGCCAGCCGCAGAAGGAGGUACUGAGGUGCUGAGGUAGGGCUCCAGGGCCCCAUGCAGUCAGCCAUGGGCUACCGGUAUCUUUGUCCUACGUCUACGCCCUUGGAAGACAUGCCUUCAGCCUUCCUCACUUGGUGCCUGUGCGCAAGGCCUGUGCAAAAGGAUAGCACCAAAUAGGGAACACUGCUGUGCCUGGUUGGUACCCGUGGCCAUGAACCCCUUAUGCUGUAAUGCUGAUAGUUA